UUUAUUUUAUUUGCAUUUAACUGAGUAACCCAUUAUUUUUUUUUCUCGAUACUUUUUUCACCAUUGAUUGUCCUGUUCUUCCACGGUUUACAGAUUACAUGUUAUUUUUUGCCCCUUCUUUUUUGUGUCGUUAUAGAAUGAUUUCAUUAUGGAAAUGUAUAAGUAUGAAAGGGUUACGUUUCUUUUGUAGAUCUGUUGUAAUGUGGUUGCAUGUGUUUGUCAUAAUGCUUCUCACAUUUUUGUCCUUUUCUUUUCUUUUCUUUAUGUCCUUCCAAUGUCAAGGGUUGUUAUUGCUGCCCAUAAGUUUCUCUCGUGGGUUUAGAAAUUUGUAGAACAUCUAACGAGUAGAAAUCAAUUUUAAUGGGGAAGUAGUUUGAAUACAGGAUCUUGACAAGGGUCCAAAUCUAUGUUUUUAAUGAUGUUUGAAGAUGCUUCCAUUGCAUAUACAGAUUUCAUUGGAUGCAUAUAUGUUUCAUUAUUGUCCAGGGAAUAGCGAUGGCCUCAAGAAAAUCUUUCCCCUUUUCCCUAGACGUAUAGUAUUAAUAAAUAAGAAAUGCUCUUUAGUUGGUUGCGGUCUAUUACUUCUGCUGCUAGAGAUUUGAUUGCCCUUGCUGAAUAAAAUAGUCAAUUCUUUAAUUGUAUACGUGUAUAUCAUUAUUGUAAUCCUAAUGUCUAAGAUUAAAGAUUCCAUAAAUCAUCCUUAAAUGCACAAGUGUCAGUUCUCUAACAUGUAGUGACGCUAAGAAUUAUACAUUUAUGAAGUAGAAAAACAAGACAUUUAAAAUGGUUAAAAUCACUUCCCGUGCCUUUGAUCAUUCAAAAUCAAUUUUAGUUUUAUCAAAAUCACGAUUAAAAAUGUAAAAUCAAACAUUAAACUGAUUUUAUACGUAUUUGAGAGGUUGAUGUUGAAUAUUUCAAAAGCAUUUUAAAACUACUCCCAAACAUGCUACCUACCAAGAGAAAGAGGGAGUUAAAUUGGUCUUUGCGCUAAUGGUGGUUACAAUCGUUAGGAGUUUUGUUUCCCAAAGGAAAAAUAAAUGUAAGCAGUUCGUUACUGAUGAUGCUUGAAAUGAUGGGAGUUUUUGUUGUCUUUUUCCUUGGUUAUUUAGACAUGUAAGAAACUGCCCUUUGUAUCUGCCACCAUUUGAUGAGCAGAGUAAAGUUGUCUUUUGUUUUCUUGUCAUGUCGUGGUGAAAUCUACUUUCUAUAAAUUAGACAAAGGGACUCUCAUGAUAUUUGCUCAUUCUUAUUUAUUUUCAAUUGCAACAGACUAGAAUUACAGAAUUUGGCUUCCAAUAGAACAGGAAAAAGCAUUAUCAAAUCUUGUUGUCAAGAUGGCUUUAUCAAGAAUUGCCAAGAAUGGACUGAGAAGAUCAGGAAGCACAUUCAAUAAGCAACCACUCCAUCCAUUUUCCCAAGGAUCAUCAACAUAUAAAAGCUUCAUCCAAUCAUUCAACACUGCCACUACAAAUGGCUAUGUCUUGAACCUUCCUCACAUUGAAAGAGUGAAUCACAUGACUUUUUGGAGCAGGGGAAUAAGUAUAACGCCACAGCGCCAAUUUCCAUCAGCUGAAAGGGUUGUAGAGGAGUCUGAUUUAGAGUGUGAUGAGCCAUCUUUUUGGCCUGGACUGGAAGCAACCAAGCCAGGGGAAAAGCCAAGGGUGGUUGUCCUUGGCACUGGCUGGGCUGCAUGCCGUUUCCUCAAGGGACUUGAUACAAAGGUUUAUGAUGUUGUUUGCAUAUCACCUAGAAAUCAUAUGGUAUUUACUCCUCUUUUGGCUUCAACUUGUGUUGGAACCUUGGAAUUUCGCUCUGUAGCUGAGCCUGUCAGUAGAAUACAAACUGCAUUGGCAAAGGAUCCCAAUUCUUACUUUUAUCUGGCUUCAUGCACUGGCGUUGAUACAGAUAAACAUGAGGUGUUCUGUGAGACUGUUAACUAUGGUGAAGGCCCUCAUGAGCCUUACCAAUUUAGAGUUGCUUAUGAUAAGCUUGUGAUUGCUGUUGGAGCUGAGCCUUUGACUUUCGGUAUCAAGGGAGUGAAAGAACACGCCUCUUUCCUCCGUGAAGUAAAUCAUGCUCAAGAAAUAAGGAAAAAGCUUCUUUUGAAUCUAAUGCUCUCUGAAAAACCAGGUAUAUCAGAAGAAGAAAAGAAACGUCUUCUUCACUGCGUGGUGAUCGGAGGUGGACCGACCGGCGUUGAGUUUAGCGGUGAAUUGAGCGACUUCAUUAUGAGAGAUGUUCGAGAUCGAUAUGCUCAUAUUAAAGACGACAUUAAAGUUACACUAAUUGAGGCUAAUGAGAUUCUGUCCUCUUUUGACUUCGGGCUGCGAACGUAUGCAACAAAGCACUUGACCAAGUGUGGCGUUCGCCUGAUGCGGGGUGUUGUAAAGGAAGUGCUUCCCGAGAGGAUAGUUCUCAGUGAUGGUACUGAUGUUCCAUACGGCCUCUUGGUCUGGUCUACGGGCGUUGGGCCCUCUGAAUUUGUGAGAUCAGUCGAUCUUCCAAAGGCCCCUGGUGGAAGGAUUGGUGUGGAUGGAUGGAUGCGAGUUCCUUCCGUGGAAGAUGUUUUUGCACUUGGGGAUUGCGCUGGUUUUCUUGAACAAACAGGAAAACCUGUUCUUCCCGCUCUAGCUCAGGUUGCAGAAAGGGAAGGAAAGUAUCUUGUUGAAAUGUUCAAUAGGAUUGGAAAACAGAACGGAGGCAAGGCUUUGAGUGCAAAAGACAUUCCUUUGGGUGACCCUUUUGUGUAUAAACAUCUGGGAAGCAUGGCAUCAGUCGGUCGUUACAAGGCUCUUGUCGAUCUACGCCAGUCCAAGGAUGCAAGAGGCAUAUCACUUGCGGGCUUCUUGAGUUGGGUCAUAUGGCGAUCUGCAUAUCUGACUCGUGUAAUCAGCUGGAGAAACAGGUUUUAUGUGGCUGUCAAUUGGGCUACCACUCUUGUUUUCGGCAGAGACAACUCCCGGAUUGGUUAAACUCACCAAUAACCACGAAAUUUUUUUAUUUUUGCUUUUUCUUAUUAUUUUUUUGUUGCACAUUUCUUAGAAUUAGACAAGUUUGAUUCUUUGAUUUUUGGUGUUUUUCUCCAAAUUCAUGUAGAAAAGUUGGAAAGAAUUGCAAGAAAUAGUUGAAAAGCAACAAAUUGAUAUUGAUAUCACUACAAA